AUGGACAACGAUACUAAAAUUAGUCUACCAGAAAGCACAUGGAAAGAAUUACCUGGAAUGGAUAAAGUUCCACAGAUGCCAAAGAGACCACCAAUGGACUUAUACACUAGGCUCCUUCUGGACAACGAGGCAUCUUGGAUUGCAAUGGCCAACCUAUUCAGAGAGUGCAACAUGGAGAAAAAUAUUACAUUCGCGUAUGAGAAGGCCCUUUCCAAUAACCCACUCUCAAGGGAUGCCCUGUCCAUGCUAGGCCCAAUAUACAGAAGAAGAAGAGACUUCAACAAAGCACUAGAUGUAUUUUUGCGGUUGUACAAAUUGCACCAAGGAGAAGACAUAAGUGUAGCCAUAAAUAUAGCAUAUUGCUACCUCAUGCUAGACAGAUUCCUGGAGAGCCUUGCAUGGUACAAAAUGGUUUCUAAGCAUGCAUCCCAAAUAAAAGAAAAAAAGGGAUUUCUGUGGUACGGAGUAGGAGUAUUCUAUGAGAGAAUGAAUAAUUUGCAGAUUGCAGAAGAAGCAUAUGCUGCAUCCAUUAAGAUUGACCAUAUGUCAGAAUAUAUUCCAGAAGUAUAUUUUAGGCUUGGUGUAACAUACAAAAAGAAAGGCGCAUUGACAGCAGCAAUGGAUUGCUUUGAGUAUCUACUGCAUAAUAUCUCAUCAAAGAGUCACUUUCCCACUAAGGAUGAUGUUCUAAUACAAAUAGCACAUGCGAAUGAACUGCAAGGCAGGGAGUCAGAGGCUGUAGAUAUUCUUAAGGGAGUUUGUCAGCUGAACCCAAAGCACGAAAAGGCAGCUAUGCUACUGGCAUGGCUGUAUUAUAAAGAGAGAAACUGGGAAGUAGCAAAGGACGUAUUAAAGACGCACCAUGCAGAAGCACUCUCUGCCUUCUCUUGGUACUUGCUUGCCAGAGCAGAACAGAAAUUGGAGAACUACGAGGAAGCAUACAGGUGCUACCACUGUGCACUAAAGCAAGACAGUCAGAAUCACAUAUACUGGAACAGUUUGGGCAUACUUUACUUCAACCUCCUACAGUACGAAGAUGCAAUGAGGGCCUUUAAAGAGGCAAGGAAGCAUAAUCCAGGAUAUGUUGAGGCAGUGUAUAACUUAGGGGCAGUUCAUGAGCAAUUUGAAAGCACCAUACAUAUUGCACUUGAAAUAUACGAAGAGGCAAUGACAAUCUCACCAGAGGACAGGAUGGUACUUGAGAGAAUUGAAGAAUUGGAAGAAAAAAUCAGUAGCAAGCACAUGGCAGGAGGCAAAGGAUACACUCCACCUGACUUAAUACUGCGUGAUAUACAGCCAAACCCUGGUAAAACACCUUACUUCCUGGCACAUGCCUUGCUAGGGUACAAGCCAACAGGAUUCAUAUUUUCAGCUGCAGAGAAGGAGGAAAUAGAUAAAAUAGCAGUGCUAUUAAGCAGCAACAAAGAGAGAGAGCAUGGAAGUGCAGAGCAUAGUACUAGAAGGCCUACAGUAAACAAGACCAGAAAUAAAAGUACCAAAGACACCCACAGGAAAGAUGCUUCUUAUGAUGAGAGCAGCGACCAAUACAACGCAAAGCAUAGUCACUCAGCAUACUCUGAGGAGGGCAUGAAUGCAAAUAUAAAGGAAAGCAGCAGGGAAGAAGAUGAUAGCAUAUGA